AUGUCGUCGCUGCGGAAUGCGAUCCCGCGGCGCGCUCACAAGGAGCGCGCCCAGCCGGAGGCGAGGAAGAAGUUUGGGCUUUUGGAGAAACACAAGGACUAUGUCGUCCGGGCGCGUGCUUACCACAUCAAGGAGGCAACCAUCGCGAAACUGAAGGAGAAGGCAGCAUUUAGGAACCCGGAUGAAUUCUACUUUAAAAUGAUCAACAGUAGGACUGUUGGUGGAAUUCAUAGACCUAAGCCUGAAGAUAAUAAGUAUACAGAAGAGGAACUUCUUCUGUUAAAAAAUAAGGAUAUGGGAUAUAUCCUUCAGAGCGUUCAAAGUGAAAAAAAGAAAAUUGAAAAGUUAAGGUCAACACUUCAUGAACUGGAUAACAAGCCUCAAAACAAGCAUGUUUAUUUUGCUGAAGACAGAGAAGAAGCGAAAGAAAUACAAUCAAGGAUAGGACAAAGCAGCAACAUGCCUGGUUUUGACAACAUCCCUUCUCGUAUAAAGAAAAAAACUGCCUCUUCGUACAGGGAGUUAGAAGAGAGGAAGCAGCGGCUUCAAAAGCUUGAGAAAUUGUAUGCAGACAUGGCCUUGCAAAAAGAAUUGAAGAAACCUGGACGCAAGAGGAAACUGAAACUCAAUGAAGAUGAGGAGACGGAUAAUCAAACAUCACAGCAUGUUUAUAAAUGGCGAGCACAGAGGAAGCGAUGA